AAAGAGGAAACGAAAGAGGUCGAGACACAAAUAUUAUUACUGUUGAUUCAGACUUGGAGUAGCACCAUAAUACAUACACCUCUGAUUUACUGCAUACCCAUACCGACCCACAGAUAAGCCGUUGACCUGGAAGCAUACGUGUGCAUCUGUGCGUGGAUCAGGUGCAACUAUGAUAGUGCCUUUACCUGCAGAUACUACUACGCAUAACUCGAUGCAGUUUUGGCAUUGGGCACAUGGAGAGGAACACUGUGUUGUGAGUCGCGUGGAGAGUCGAGGAAGGGGACGUGACGUGACGAUCGAUAGGCGUGUGACGGGGUCUGGGCAACCAAUCAUCGGAGGAACGUUGAGUGCAGCACAUGCUGUGUGGCUGUGCACGCCCCUAGCCAUGUCUGGUCUCAUCAUCCGCGACGACCCCGAGAACGUAGGCACCUACAUUGCAAACUACAUCGCAAAACGGAUCAUCGAGUUCGAGCCUACACCCAACAAACCCUUCGUCCUCGGUCUCCCCACAGGCUCGUCCCCCAUCCCCACCUACAAGGCCCUCAUCCAGCUCGUCAAGGAUGAGAAGCUAUCAUUCAAAAACGUCGUCACCUUCAACAUGGACGAGUACGUAGGUCUCCCCCGCGACCACUCCGAGUCCUACCACACCUUCAUGUUCAGAGAGUUCUUCUCACAUAUCGACAUCCCCCCCGCUCAAGUCAACAUCCUCAACGGCAACGCCCCCGAUCUCAUCGGCGAAUGUAACGCCUACGAAGAGAAGAUCAAGCAGUACGGCGGUAUCGAGCUCUUCUUGGGCGGUAUCGGCGAGGACGGCCAUAUUGCGUUUAACGAGCCUGGCUCCUCCCUCGCCUCCCGCACACGCAUCAAAACCCUCGCCUACGACACCAUCCUCGCCAACGCCCGCUUCUUCAACAACGACGUCUCCGCAGUCCCGCGUAUGGCCCUCACCGUCGGCGUCGCCACCGUGCUCGAGAGCAAGGAGGUCGUCGUCGUCGUCACCGGCCAGAGGAAGAGUUUGGCGUUGAGCAAGGCUAUCGAGGACGGCGUGAACCACCUCUGGACACUCUCCCCCCUCCAACUCCACCCGUGGGCGCUGAUCGUGGUGGAUGAGGAUGCUACGGCAGAUUGUGCGCACUAG